AAAUGGAAAGUUUGCGCAGCUGAUAAUUACGAAACACAGAAUUUCUUAAAUUAACAACGUAUUUGCAUCAGAUUAGAGAAUACCCUGAGCAAAACUUGUCUGGAUCCAGAUUAUCAAAGACAUUUGCUUGUCUUUCCUCUAUCAGUGAUAAACUGAAUUCAACAACAAGACGUAGUAGCGUAUAAUUUGUGAUAAAUGAGAUAAAUGGAUUGCAUCCACGACGACGUAAACUGUACCUGGCCAAAAGAGGAAAUUUGGAAACUUUCGAUAGUGAAUCUGACAAUAUUUUUCAUUUUGGAUGGCAUCAUUGAACUGCUUGCCCUUGUUGCAAAUUCUAGCUUCUUAUUCAUACUAGUGAAACAGAAGUCUCUCCAUUCUCCAUCGAACAUGUUGCUAGGAGCUUUAUGUGUAGCAGAUCUUGCUAUUAGCUUGGUUCUCCAGCCCGUUUUCCUGACACAUCUUUCGCUAUUUUUCACUGGAGGAGAAGUUAAUCAAACCAUCCAAGAUGUGCUCGAUUUGCUAUUCGACGUAUUUUUCGGUUUGUCAUUUACUUUCAUCAUUUUGAUAAGCCUAGAUCGAUACAUCGCCAUUUGUCAUCCGUUCAAGUACCAGGCCUUGGCCACAUGCAAGUCUCAUUUGCUUAUUUCGUUUGCAUGUGGAGUAGUUAUUUCAGGAUUAUUCAGCCUUGACUACUGCUUGUCAAUAAAGAGUCAAGAGUCUUUGAUGAAAGAUCACAUUACCUCUACACUAAGGGUCGUCCACUAUGUCAUUCCUGCCAUCGUUAUAAUUUUCUGUUAUUGUAAGAUUUAUUUGGUCAUCAGGGCGCAAAGUAAGCGUCAAAUUUCGAUUGGUACUAUCAAAGACUCUGAGAAAAUUGAAAUUUCGAAAAAAAGAAGCGAGAGACGAAAGACUGGAACCAUAGCUUUGAUUUUAGUCUGUUUCUUUGCAUGUUACGCACCAAAUUUCAUUUUGGUUCUGAUCAUUUUGCUUGGUACUGUUAAUAUGGACACAAACACUAUGGAGACUGCAUGGCUCUGGACAAGCUUCACAUUACUCUUGACAAGUCUUCUAAACCCGAUUGUAUACUACUUAAGAAGCAGAGAAAUAAGGCAGGCAGCAAGAAAACUUUGCAAAAGAUCGUCGCCAGUCAAUUCAGCUACUUAAGUUUGAAAUACUUCGUCAACCCAUGCUUCCAAUAUCAAAGGAACUUGGUUACGGCAUCAAAACAAGCUGUUUAACGAAGUAAAUGUAAACAUUGUAGAAAUAUACCAUGGAACUCCGAGGCUGAGAGUUGCUAAAAGUUUAGCUGCGUUCAAGGGCAGACUUUGUUUUGGUAAGUGUCUUGCUUCAAGAUUUGGACAGGUGACGAGUUCCAAGGGAGGCAGUCUUCUUGAGCGAACAUCCUUUGAAACGUACGUCCUCAAUCAUCGUUAGCUAAGAGAAGAAAAUUGCAGUUGCAUCAAGAAAAAAGUUUGGUCACGCAAAGAUAGCUUCGUCACUUUUUCCAGUCAAUGAUGAUGGCGUGGAGGCCGUUGUGUUUAUGAGCUUCCACAACGCAUUGAAGUCAGCCGAAUGUAAUUGUCAAGAAAUGCGGAAAAGAACACAUUACAAGAUGUUUACCU